AUGGCUGCGCACGGAAUGGUUUGUUCAGGGGUAAGGAGGCGUGUAGGGAAUGGACAAAAAACAUUAAUAUGGGGGCAUCCCUGGCUACCAGAUAAUCCCAGUCCGUUGGUCCAAACAAUAAUGCCCCAGGAGUUGCGACAUGCCCAUGUAGCAGGAUUGAUUGACCAACAAACUAAUACCUGGGAUCCACAUAUUCUGACUGAUUUAUUUAUUCCUCAGGAUGUCACACGUAUUUUAAUGAUCCCUGUUAGCCCCGAAUAUGAAGACACUUGGUAUUGGAAGGGGGAGAUGAAUGGAAUAUAUUCAGUUAAAAAUGCCUAUAGGCAGAUUAAGGGGGAUUAUGUGCAUAACCCAGGUGAUUUUGAUAAAUGGGUUACUAUGUGGAAAUUGAAAGUGCCACCCAAAUGGAAGACCUUUUUGUGGAGAGCAGUCUGUGGUAUCCUCCCUACUACGGACAAUCUAAUAAUGCGACGAGUUGAGAUUGAUCUGCUGUGCCCAAUGUGCCAAGGGGCGCAUGAGAACAUCAUGCAUGCGUUACUCGAGUGUGACUAUUCAAAAUUAGUGUGGGGUAUGUCGGGGUUGCUGGUUACCAAUAUACAUACUAAUUCAUUGCCGACAUGGCUUAUGGGAAUUUUUAAUGUCUUGACAGAGGAACAGUGUGGCCUAGCAGUGGCGAUAUUAUAUGCUAUUUGGAGUACCCGCAACAAGGCGGUAUGGGACCACGCCCUCCCAAGACCGACGGACACAUGGAAUCGAGCGGUGGCGGCCAUGCAGGCAUACCGACGUGCGCAGCCCGGCCUGCCGGCACGGACACUUACUGCCGUGAUUAGUCAAGCCACUGGCGGUGUACCUCGCUGCUACGUAGACGCGGGUUUCAGGCCGGAUACGGGAGAAGCAUCCUAUGGUGUAGUUCUCGUCUCACAACAUGGAUCGUUUGUUGCGGCAAUGAAUGGACGGCUCGCGGGGUGCUUUCUCGGCUAUUAUGGCCGAAGCACUGGCCUGUAA